AUGAGCCCCUGGCAGCCCCUGAUCCUAGUUCUCCUGGCUCUAGGCUGCAGCUCUGCUGCCCCUCACCAGCACCAGCCGACUUUUGUGGUCUUUCCCAUGGACCUGAGAACCUCCGACCUCACCGACAUACAGCUGGCACAGGAAUACCUGUACCGCUAUGGUUACACCCGGGUAGCCGAGAUACAGGGAGAGAAGCUGUCCCUGCGGCCCGCUCUGCUGUUGCUUCAGAAGCAGCUGUCCCUGCCCCAGACCGGUGAACUGGACAGCAGGACCCUGGAGGCGAUCCGGGCACCACGCUGCGGCGUCCCAGACUUGGGCAAAUUCCAAACCUUCGAGGGCGACCUCAAGUGGCACCACCAUAAUCUCACAUACUGGAUCCAAAACUACUCGGAAGACUUGCCGCGAGACGUGAUCGACGACGCCUUCGCGCGCGCCUUCGCCGUGUGGAGCGCGGUGACACCACUCACGUUCACCCGCGUGGAGGGGCUGGAAGCAGACAUCGUCAUCCAGUUUGGUGUCACAGAGCACGGAGACGGGUAUCCCUUCGACGGCAAGGACGGCCUUCUGGCGCACGCCUUUCCCCCCGGCCCCGGCAUUCAGGGAGAUGCCCACUUCGACGACGAGGAGCUGUGGUCGCUGGGCAAAGGCGUCGUGGUUCCCACCUACUUUGGAAACGCAAACGGUGCCCCGUGUCACUUCCCCUUCACCUUCGAGGGGCGCUCCUACUUGGCCUGCACCACGGACGGCCGCAACGAUGGCACGCCUUGGUGUAGCACGACCGCCGACUACGACACCGACCGCAAAUUCGGCUUCUGCCCCAGCGAGAGGCUCUACACGGAGCACGGCAACGGGGACGGCAAGCCCUGCGUGUUCCCGUUCGUCUUUGAGGGCCGCUCCUACUCCGCCUGCACCAGCGAAGGUCGCUCGGACGGCUACCGCUGGUGCGCCACCACGGCCAACUACGACCAGGAUAAACUGUACGGCUUCUGCCCGACCCGAGCCGAUGCGACCGUGGUUGGGGGCAACUCGGCAGGCGAGCUGUGCGUCUUCCCUUUCGUCUUCCUGGGCAAGGAGUACUCCACCUGUACCAGCGAGGGCCGCAGCGACGGGCGCCUCUGGUGCGCCACCACCUCGAACUUCGACACUGACAAGAAGUGGGGUUUCUGCCCAGACCAAGGGUACAGCCUGUUCCUGGUGGCAGCGCAUGAGUUCGGCCAUGCGCUGGGCCUAGAUCACUCUAACGUGCCGGAAGCGCUCAUGUACCCCAUGUAUCGCUACCUCGAGGGCUCCCCUCUGCAUGAAGACGAUGUGAGAGGCAUCCAGCAUCUGUAUGGUCCUCGCCCUAAGCCUGACCCGAGGCCUCCAGCCACCACCACAGCUGAACCGAAGAAGCCAACAGCUCCUCCAACUGUGUGCCCAACUGCACCUCCCACGGCCUAUCCCACAGUUGGCCCCACAGGUGCCCCCUCAGCUGGCCCUACAGGUCCCCCCACGGCUGGCCCUUCUGAGGCCACUACAGAGGCUUUGAGUCCAGCAGACAAUCCUUGCAACGUGGACGUUUUUGAUGCUAUUGCUGAGAUCCAAGACUCUCUGUAUUUCUUCAAGGACGGUCGGUACUGGAAGUUCCCGAAUCGGAGAGGAAGCCUGCUACAGGGCCCCUUUCUCAUUGCCCGUAUGUGGCCAGCUCUGCCUGCAAAGCUGGAUUCGGCCUUCGAGGACCCGCUGUCCAAGAAGAUUUUCUUCUUCUCUGGGCGCCAAGUGUGGGUAUACACAGGCGCGUCAGUGCUAGGCCCCAGGCGUCUGGAAAAGUUGGGUCUAGGAUCAGAGGUUACCCAGAUCACCGGGCUUCUUCCUCGUCAUGGCAGCAAGGCUCUGCUGUUGAGCAGGGAGCGUGUCUGGAGGUUCGACUUGAAGUCACAGAGGGUGGAUCCUCAGAGCGUCACUAGGUUGGAUAAUUUGUUCGCUGGUGUGCCCUGGGACUCACACGAUGUCUUCCAGUACCAAGACAAAGCCUAUUUCUGCAAGGACGAGUUCUACUGGCGUGCCAGUCUCCAAGAUGAGGUGAACCACGUGGACCACGUGGGCUACGUGACCUACGACAUCCUGCAGUGCCCUGUGAACUAGGGCUCCUCUUUUGCCUCAGCAGUGCAUUGUGGGUCUCUAGAGACCACCCCAGAAGGAAAGGAGCUGGUUUGCCGGAUACAAACCGGCGAUCUCUUCUAGAGACUGGGAAGGCG